AUGACCGCCGUCGGGAGUCUCUUCCAGUUCAACCCUGUCGAUCGCUCAGCGCUGGCCAUUGCGUCCGGUCAUAAUGCGGCCUCGUCCCUCACGCAGGCGCCGCCCAUCUCACACGCCAUCUACCUCACUGUACUCCGACCGCAACCCUCUGCGGCCGUGGCGCCGGCUUGUUCGUCAUACAAUAUGACUGGUCGCCGUCAUCUGUGUGCUCUCGCCGGCUUGUUCGUUCAGGCUUCCGUCGUCAUUCCUGAUGUCAUCGCUCGGGCGCGCGCAUUCCACCACGUGCGCGACGGUGAGCCAUCUGCUGGCCAAGAGCCAAACGAGCGCUUUGGAGCACUCUAG